ACCCCCUCCUCUCAUUGGGAUAUUCCAAAUCAAUUGUUUUCACAUCGAUUAUAAAGAAGGAAUUUGAGCUCUUUCAAGACUGCCUCUUUUUAAUCAGCUUAGAUUUUACCACAUACUUCCAUCGAGAUGAGAAGAUAACCUAGUUUCUGCUCACUUUAUCAGGAAAGAUUUAAAGGGUAGAUAUUUGGAGCAUGAUUGACAGCAAACUGGGCUAUUGUCUGUUCAAAGUUUGAAUUCUCCCAAAGAUGGAAUUUCCCAGCAUGCUUUGUACCUGCAUGGGUUCAAAGGAAGACUGGGGAAUGUCGGACGACAAAAUACGACACUACCAAAACUGACAACUUUUCAGACCCAAUAUUCCUUCUCCUGAGUAACUUCAGCACAGAUUACUUGAAGAAAAGGGUGAGGAUGAUGACGGAAUUGACUAAGCAGGCGGUGUGAGGACUGUUAGGCGACGGGACGAUGUUGAAUUCGGGCCCGGCAUGCGGGGAGGGUUGACGUCCGCGUCCAUCUUGCCUCGGGUUCCAUCGCUAAGGUCUGUCGUGAAGUAGUCGCACAGUUUGCAACUUUUACCCAAGAUUGCGGUGCUGACUGACACGGGUACGUUUCUGUAGUUGUGUAGGAAGGAAAGUUUCAUAUAGGACUUGUAAGGGGACGGAUUUAUCCACCAUUCCAGGGCUUUAACCUUGCGUUAUCGACCAAGCAUUCCAAACCCGCAGAGUAUUCAACCCCGCGUAGCCCGUCAGAAGAUGCGGACCCAGAGAACAGCAUAGCCGUGACAAAAUGCGCUAAAACGACGAACCUUUCUUUCAUUCCAUGUCCAAAUCUAUGUCUGGGUAGUUGGAUUUUUCUGUUUGCCACAUGAAGCGGAAAGAGGUGGAUAGGAAAAUGCGCCCGAAAACUUUUCCUUCCGGUAGUACGGCGUAUCAGGGGAACAGUCGACAGAUGAUGCAGGAGAUCAGGGAGAGUCUACGGAAUCUGCAGAGGCAGAACCAGAACGACGCCUCGUCUUCCCGGAACGAGCCGUACAAAGCUACGGGACCUGCACAGGAUGCACAACAACAGCAAGGGUCCUCCCGGGGCGCCAGGUUCGGAGCACAACACCAGGAGAAACUACAGAAGAUAGCGGCGUCACUUCUGCCGUUCGAGAUGGGGUCUGGUGCUGGAGGGGUGGGAGGGGGGCGGGCCUCAGCUGCAGGUGACGGUGUCAACAAACAAAUGCUUCAACAACUCGUGCAAGAAGCAGGGAUUGACGAGGAGAUGGCGCGUCGGGCUUUGAAGCUGACCAACAGCAAAAGUAUCCAGGCUGCACUUGAGCUUAUGGGGAAAAUGGCAUACCAGGACGGCACCAGAGCAGAACAGAUAGCAACAACCAAAAAAGUCAUCACACAAGGUGGUGUUAACAGAAGUGGCCAGUCGGUCAAUCGCAAUCCAAGCUUCCAGGGUUCCAAGGAAUCAUUGGUGAACAUUCCCCCUCGUACCAGUCCUACCUUUGUAACAGGCAUGAGAUCGGACAGUCCCUUACAAGGUGAGGUAUCUGCCUUAAGCCAAGGUGUACCUCCGAGAGGGCAAACCCCACCCCCUCGCGGACAAACCCCUCCCCCUAGGGGUCAGACGCCGCCACCUGGGAACUUCAGGCCGGUGCAGCAGCUGGGAUAUUCACCUGGUCACGUGCAGCAGAUGAUCAAAAGGAUGUCACCCGUCCCUCAAAAUGGGCGUGGGCCUCUGUUGGCACCACAGGCUCAGGACACACAACGGACUAGUCCCAUCCCAGCAUGGGCCGCGUUAGGUGGGACGGGCAGCUCUUCUAGUUCACAGAACAGUGCCGGCCCUGGUAGGUACUCCAUGACUCCACCCCCCUCCUCUACAGUUGUACAGCCCGCACGGCAAAGUCCUGCUGCGUCGCAGCUUGUCCGAGGACAAAGCUGUGAAGACAUCUCCCACCUCUCCUCGUAUAAGAUUACUCAGAAAGAACAAGCCGUCAGCAUUCUAACCAGAGCAUUAGGUAGUAGAGCAGCGAUGGGGGCAUUGUACAAGUCUCCUUCAACAGACCUUCUGUCAAGUAAACCUGUUAUCACACAGACCACUGCACAGAGGAGGGGAUCAGUCAGUAGUAGCCACAGCAAUAGUUCUGUCUUCAGUUCCAACAGCGAAUCUUACUCAACAUCUGCCCAGGCAAACAAUAACUCCCUUGCCCUGCACCAGAACCACCUAUCCCCUUUCAGCAGCAGUAGCAGUCACACCGACAGCUCACAGAUGAACUUUUCUUCAGGACAGAGCACACCGAGUCAACCCGUCACUAGUAAAGAUCCACCCAGCUACGACACAGCCAUGACAUACCUACAGCUUGCCCACUCCUCCAGACAAGGGGGUACAUCACCUAACCCCUACAAGAGCCAUAAGGUUGCAGAUCAAAACAUGCCACUUUCUGUAAACGUUGAUCCUUCUCCGGUUCAUUAUCCUCCCAACCCCUCAGCCUUGCCCCCACCGCCACCAUAUCCCCACUCCGCAGCCUCUCAGCUGCCUGUCUCCACCACAAAGAUGACAAACCCUGUUGUUCUACACUCUGCGAAAAGUAAAGAAGUGCAGAAACCUGUUUUACAGACAGCACAUGCUCCCGUUCACCCGCCUCUGACGAACCAGCCAAAGACUGUGGCUAUUUCACCCAGCAUAGAAACAGCCUCCACUGCCAACACAACAUCCCCGUCCUCUUCCCCACCUGAAACCAGGAGUAGUACCCCUAGUUCACUCACAUCUACAACAAGCCCGAGUGAAGACAACUACCCACCCCCUCCCCCAUACAGACCCCCACAGACAGUAGAGGUACGUGCUUCACCACGAUCAGACACUACCCAAGAAGGAGACGAGAGUGACAUUCAAUUGCAAUCCUCACCGAAACCUGAGAGAAGAAGGAGAUUCAAGGGCCGAGACCCAGAAAGGAGGGGGUCCAAAAUCAAGAACUUCUCUCCCCAGGCAUUCAAAUUCUUCAUGGAACAACAUGUGGAGAAUGUGCUGAAGUCCCACCAACAGAGAGUCCACAGACGUGUGCAACUGGAGAACGAAAUGUCCAAGGUUGGUCUCUCCGAAGAAGCACAAUCACAAAUGCGAAAGAUGCUGUGUCAGAAGGAAUCCAACUACAUCAGACUGAAACGUGCCAAGUUGGACAAGUCCAUGUUUGUGAAAAUCAAGACUCUGGGCGUGGGUGCAUUUGGAGAGGUUGCACUAGCAAGGAAAGUAGAUACUCAGACACUGCACGCAAUGAAGACCCUCCGGAAGUCGGACGUUUUGAAACGCAAUCAAGUAGCACACGUGAAGGCAGAGAGAGACAUUCUAUCAGAAGCGGACAAUGAGUGGGUGGUGAGGUUGUACUAUUCCUUCCAGGACGACGAGAAUCUGUACUUUGUAAUGGACUACAUCCCUGGAGGGGACCUUAUGAGCCUUCUCAUCAAGAAAGGCAUCUUUGAGCAGGGUCUGGCACAGUUCUAUACAGCAGAACUGGUGUGUGCCAUUGAGAGUGUCCACAAGAUGGGCUUCAUUCACAGGGACAUCAAGCCAGACAAUAUCCUGAUCGACAAAGAUGGACACAUAAAACUCACAGACUUUGGCCUUUGUACUGGAUUCCGCUGGACACAUGACUCAAAGUAUUACCAGCCCAAAGAUGGCCACAUCCGUCAGGACAGCAUGGAGCCACCAGAAGGCUGGAGUCUGGAGAACUGUCAGUGUUCCUACAAGGGUCUGAAGCCCCUGGAGCGGAGACAGGCACGUCAACACCAGCGCUGUCAGGCUCACAGCCUGGUGGGAACUCCUAACUACAUCGCACCUGAGGUGCUCCUCAGAAGAGGGUACACCCAGUUAUGUGACUGGUGGAGUGUGGGGGUGAUCCUGUAUGAGAUGUUAGUGGGACAGCCUCCUUUCCUGGCCACUACACCAGCAGAAACACAGAUGAAGGUGAUCAACUGGGACCAUUACCUAACCAUCCCACGACAGGCCCGCCUGUCUCCAGCAGCCUCAGACAUCAUCCUGAAGUUCUGCUGUGACGCAGAAAACAGACUGGGCAAGAAGGGGGUACAGGAGAUCAAGGCUCAUCCGUUUUUCAAUCACAUUCCCUGGGAAAAGGGCCUGCGUAAGACCAAGGCUCCGUACGCCCCCUCCAUUCGCUACCCGACAGACACUUCCAACUUCGACCCCGUGGACCCGGAGAGGGUGCGGAGCUCGGAUUCCGAGGAGCCAGAGAGGGUUGAUGCGACGUCCCCGUCCAACGGCAUGCUCCCAGAGCACGCCUUUUACGAGUUCACCUUCCGCAGGUUCUUCGACGAAGGCGGCCCGUCAGCGCCGGAACCCUACAGCGAUGCCGACAGCACAGAAGACGGCGCUGAAGGGAGCCAAGAGAGCAGCUCAGAAGCAACUGCUGAGGACGGGACAGGGGCGGUGCUCCAGAAACAUGAACCUGUCUUUGUCUGACACCCUGCUUACCAUAAAAUAUUAGGAAAUUUCCACUUGCUUUAUGUCAGUCCAUACACCAAACCUGCACUCACAAUUUCUAUUAGACAUCUGUCUCAUUACCAUGCCCCAAAGGCACUGUGUCAUCAUAUCAAUAGUACAAGAAACUUGACUGCAUACUUACUGCUUGUGUCAACAUUUAUAAUGAUAUUUUAUAAGACUCAAUAGCCUAGCCUCUGAAGUCCAAUCUCUGUGUGUUAAGGACAUCAGCUGGAGUAGGAGAAAUUAUGUCCACUAGAAUUGUAUUGUCCGAGACAUUUUCUCAAAGCAUAUUUAUUCCAAAACAUUACACUAGUAAUUGUAAUCUGUAGCAUGUGUGAUGAUUUGUAAUCCAGUAUCAAUUUGGAAAUGCAAAAUUGCUGGUUACAUGCUAGAGGUUUACUCUGUGUUUUAUUUU